AUGCUGAAUAUUCAAUAUCUUUUCUUUUCCAUUUUGGACUGUUAUGUUGCGGUUGCUGGGUGUUGUUCUCCUCAAGCAGCAGAUGUCUUUACAGCUUGUAUUGUCAAUAUUUUCGUGCAAGUUUGGAAGGCUAGGAAUCUAUCCAGGUUUGAAGAUUUAACUACUCAUUGGAGAUCCUGCACUGUUCAUAUCAGUGCUCUUGCCAAGCUUGUGGGAAAUAACACCAAGAAAUCUUCUAAUUCUUUCAUGGCCAAUUUCACUCUUCUAAAGGGUUUUGGCAUUGCUAUUAAUCCAUCUCGCUCUAUUCGUUCCAUGGAAGUCUUAUGGUCGCCGCCUCCUUUGGGAUGGAUUACAGGGAACAUUGAUGGUGCGGCCACAGGAUGUCCAUCGAUUAGUUCUUGCGGGGGUAUUUUUAGAGAUUACAAGGGUGAUCAUUGUGGCAGCUUUUGUGCUUUUUUGGGUGAAGGGAAAGCGGAUUUUGCGGAAUUUUGUGCCGUUAUGGUAGCUAUUAAGAAGGCUUCAGAGUUUGGGUGGAAUAAGCUUUGGCUGGAAUCGGAUUGUAUUACGGUUGUGAAUGCGUUUUCUAACUCUAAUCUGGUGCCGUGGAAUAUCAAGUCUUGUUGGCUCAAGUGUCGUGCUUUCACGCUUAAUAUGGAUUUCAUGAUCACACAUAUAUAG